CCUUUUGGGUUUGAGGGGAUGCGGAACGACGACGACGGUUGGUAAAAGCUCUCUUCUUCUCUUCUCUUGUCGCCUGUUCUGUGGUUUGGUUUGGUAAAAAGCAAACGGUGGUUUGGUUUGUUCAGUUUGGUUAUUUUGGUUUCGUUCUUGCGGUUGGAAAAGCUGGUUGAAUGAAAGAGACUUGUCUGCACUGCACACACCACUUGACUUUCUCUAGAGAUUCGAUUUCGUGGUCUGCUCUGGUCUGGUUUGGUGGCAGUGUUAAUCUGUAUUAAUCCGUGAGAGUUCAGUGUGCAGAGAGAGCAGAGAAAACAACAUACGUAUGUUAUAUACGGCAUUAAAUCAAACUUCAAACUUGUGACCAGACAGAGAAAGUGGAAAUUGGAGAAUGAGUAAAUCAUGGGUCGUGGUGGUGGUCCGUGUCGUCGUCGACGCUAUUGCAUAAUGAACUAGCUCUUAUUAUUACAUAUUCCUUAGAAUUGAGUUACAAUUGUGUCCCCGAAAAUGAAAGUCGUCCUGUGCAAAACUAAAUAAGUGAGGAUUGCGAAAUUUUCUCUGGGUGCAAAAACUCGCAUGUCGAAAAUACAAUUACUUUUCUCCCAGCAUAUAAUUUUCUCGCCUUCAUUUUACAUUACACGUCGAGCGAGCGAGUGAGAAAGGCGUAAUAAAUUAUUACGAAAUAUAUAUUCACGGAAAUAAUGGCGAUCUAAUCAGUGACACUGACUGAAUUUUACGACAUGAGGAGGAAUCAAACUAAUAAAAUUCAAACUCAACGUUCAUCUCCUCCGCCUCCUUCAUGCCGUAAAAGUGCAUGAUUUAAUCCAAUCCAACCAAGAAAUGAAAAGUCAACUUCAACCUCCAAAAUAAAUGGCUGCAGAAGAGGGGAAAAGGAAACUGGAGAGAGAUUCACUUGUCGCACCGAGCCAGACAUAAGCGAAUUCUGAUCGCUCUGCAAAAUUGGGUUUAAUCAACCCCACGAAGAGUGUUUAAGAUGCUGAGCAAAAUGAGAAAGUCCCGUCAAAUUUCACUCCUCUGGGUGAUUUGGAGUGUGCUCGUGGUGAGCGAAAAUGGCGAAACGCUCCUUUCCGAUCCCAACUAUGAUGAAUUGAUGUCGGAACAAUCAGCCUCAAAUUUAGCGUUGAACGGAGGAGCCACGGCCGAAGCGAGAGCUUCCGGAUGUCACUUUAAAGAAUCAUUCCGUGGAUCUUGGUUCCAGUCUGGUAUUCACCAUGCGAUUACAAUUGCACGGGAUGCAAUUAGCACAAAAGGACACUGUGUUGAGAAGGAGAAUGAGAAAUACCUCAUGUACAAUAGGCGUGAAAAUUGCUACAGAUGUCUCGUCUUCAGUGGGGAGAAGCACUACAACAUACUCCAAUUUAAAGAAUCAUUCUGCAUUCCAGAGAAGAGAUCUCUGCGCGAAAUUUGCUCAACAAUCACGGGAGAUGCGAAUCUCUACACAAUGUUUCGGCUGGAAGCUGUCCCGAUGGACUGUCCUUUUAAAGGUCACUUCACCGUGAGCUACAACCGGGGCCAAGGAGAAUGUCACUCUCCCAUCUCAAAUAUGGAUUCUUGUACAAAGUCGUCCAGACUGGUUUUUAAUUACCAAUCUUGCCCAGAUAUUCCUGGCAGUGAAAGUUCGGUUGAGGAACUCACCUGUUUAGCCAGUUGGAAGGAAGGGUCAUCUCGCUACUUUCUGGGCUUGAUUUCCUACACGCACCAUGCCUCGUAUGAAGAGAGGUUCCGAUGUUUUGUGUACGAGAGGAUCAAACAUUUUGGACAUUCGCAUUCUUCAGGCAAAUUCCACACCCAUUCUCACAGCUUGGGCAGCAGCAGCAGCAGCUACAACAAUAAUAAUAACGCGACUCCUACCGUGGAUCAAGUUUAUCGGGUAGCCCAGUCUGGAGAUGCGUCUUGUAAUGGUCUUUCAUCCAUGGAGGGAUCAAGGACGAUGAUACUGCGGAGAGUGCCUGCCGCCAAGCCGUGUCAGUUCCCCUCGUGGAUCCAGGACCACUCCCACUGGCACACUCUCAACCAGGGGUCAACCUUCACGUUUCUCUCUGGAAAUCUGCAGUACAGCAAUUUUUCCGAGUUGGCUGGAACCGGGCCAAAUUCUCUCGCUAUGAAUGCAAUGUGCUAUCAGGUGCUGGACACGACGACGAGUAGGGGACAAAUGAUGACCGAUCCCGACUACGACCCCACCAACGUGGUCAUCAUCCACGCAACGUCGGAAUGCAAAACGGGCUACGUUUGCACCGCAUUUCACCAAAGAGAUGACAAUAUAAUGGAAAUUCAGUUUGGAAGCAUGGCGAGGAGAGCGGAGGAUGCCUGUCAAAUAUCAAACUUUAACUCGUCUGCGGAACCGUAUGUCACUCUUGUUUCCGCAACGCCCCAGAGGAUCCAAUGUCCCAAUGUAGGUCACUUUGGGGUGACGGGGUUAUCCUGGAAUGGGAAACGAAUUGGACCAGACUCCUGCCGAAAUGAGGAGCGAGACGAAGAAGAUGGCGAAUCUAAUGUGAAAAAUAAGAGUCCCAAUUCUCUCUCGGUGGGGUGCUCAUCUCCGGAGUCGAUGCAAAUCCGGGCCAAAUCUCAAAUUUGUGAUAAUAUGGACGUGUUUGCAGACUACAACUGCCAUGGUUGGUGGUCGGACGGGAAGAAGGGGAUAACAUACGUCGUGACGACUCGAUCAUCCUCUCACCAAUCUCACCGACCACAACGACAUUGUUUUGCUUUCCGAGAUCUGUCCUGGCGUUGGUCUCCCCAUAAUGCGGAAAAGCAACGCGUCCGCUCCCACCCUUCUCGCCAUGAUUUCUCCACCAACGGCGAUGAUGAUGAUGGUGAUGGCAUGGAGGACGGAGACAAUUUCGGUGGUCAACUAGAUCCCACGAAUGGUCGUAAUAAUAAUAAUGGAAAAGUCCAACUGCUCGAAUUCUCCUCGUUCUCUGACUCAUGCCAACGCAACGUGGAUCUCGGACGGGAGGGAGAUUUCGCUUUCAAUUUGACCAAAAUUGGUCACUGUUCCGACAUCAACGCUGCACCUGAUUCCAACCCGAAUCAUCUCAUCCUCCUGAUUUCGCUGACCCUCCUCCUCUUCUUGGGACAUUUGUGAGUCAUCUGCAUACAUACAUCAAACAAAAGUCCCUAUAAACACUGUUGAAUGAAUUGAAUUACUGUACGUAACAAUAAUAAAUACGAUGCAAUGUUGAGGUUGUUUUGUUAAGGUACAUAUUUAAGAUUUAUAUCAGAGAAUGUUGAAUAUUUCCAUGUUUAUAUGUGCCGAUUAAUGAAAAAGAUAAGGUAUUUAUAUCCCCGGAUAAGACAACAACAACAAAAACAAUUACUUCAGAAUGUUAUGCAACAUGACAUGCUGCUCCGCUAUCUUUCCUGAGUGACUUGCAAACUUUGGACAAGCACGAAAUAAUAAUAAAGUGCAGAAUCAUCACCAGCAUCACGACGGACUUGACUUCUUGAAACAGGGUAACAAUCUCGAAUAAUAAUUCCAGUUUAGAGUUUUAAAUCAUUGUGAUAAUAAAAAUAUACGUACGUAUUAACAUUUACAUAUUAAUGCUAAAAUAAGUAAUGGAUAAUGUGUAAGUAGGAAAAUUGUUGGAAUAUUGUUAUACAUACUUGAGGACACAGUUACUUAAUAAAAAAAGUAAUCCGAUACAAGAAGA